CUGCGACGGGGGAGCUCCUUCCGCAGUCUUGUCUUGUUGACAUGAGACCUGAGCUGAGGCACAGUCAGCGGCUCGGCUCGGCGUUUUGUGAAGAUGACGGACCCGAAAGCAGAGAACAUUAGCUCCAUCCCCGUCGACGGCUUCAGCCACUUAAGAGUCACGUCAAUAUGGACGUUUCUCAUGUCUGUGCAGUGGUCGGAGCCCUGGCUUAUCGGGCUGUUGGCGUUUCAUGUUGCGUGUUUGUUUCUGACGGUGGUGACCUGCAGGUACUACAGAGCUCAGAUCUGUCACUUUCUGCUCAUGGUCGGCAUGGUGUACGGCGCUGAGUAUCUGAAUGAGCUGGCAGCUAUGAACUGGAGGUCUUUUUCUAAUUUCCAGUACUUUGAUUCCAAGGGCAUGUUCAUAUCUUUGGUUUACUCGAUUCCUCUUCUGCUCAAUACAGUUAUCAUUGUGAUGGUGUGGGUGUACAGGACCUUCUCCGCUAUGGCUGAGCUGAAGACACUCCAGCUGAAGCGAAAGGCCCGCAGAGAGAAGAGAGAGAAGAAUGACUGAUCUCUCUCCAUUUUGGAGCUGGAAGGCAGAUUCCUUCAUGUGACUGUAAAAAAAGGGAUUGUUCGCUGGAUUUCUGUUUCUGGUCGCGACUUUUGGAAGGUGCUGCUGAAUGUGCUGUACGCUACAAGAUUAACGAGGACCAAAGGACAGUCACUGUUUUCUAUUUAAUGUUUUAAAGGGUGUUAAAAUGUACAAAUAAAAUACAAGCAUUUUUGAACUAC